AUGGUGCUGGGCGAAUGUCUAAUGUAUGGGCUCGAUUUCGAGGCGCGGUGCCUGGCCAGCGUCAGCGGCGACGAGUCGGGCGUUCGAUUCCUCGUCGGCACCCAGAAUAUCAAGAUGGACAACCAGAUUUGCGAGCUGACGGUGGAUUUGGACGAGAAUCGGGUGAACGCGCGAUGUUUUGGGCAUUCGAUUGGCGAAGUGAGGGAGCUGGCCACGUCUCCGGAUGAUCCACAAAUAUUCGCCACGGCAUCGUCGGAUUUCCGGCACCCAAAAGCGAAACACCGGCUGAACAUCUACAGCUACAGCGAAUACAAGCCGACGCUCGAAGAGAAAGCGAGUCUCGAGUGUGACCAUCCGAUUAUCGGGUUAGAGUGGAGUGUAGCGAGCAGCUCUCUUUCCUGCAUCGCCGGCAAUCAAUUGACACUCUAUAAUGUGGCCGGCGAUGGAUUGAAGGAGCAAUUCUCGCACCAUCAGCCCGGCAAGCUGCACACAUUCCGGCGAAGUCCCCAUUCCGAUGGACAACUGAUAGCACUGGCCGUUGAUCGAGAUUUGAUCGUUGUCGAUUCGAGGACUAACGAGCCGACCACCCGUAUCUGCGAGGCGCACGUCUUCCGCUGUCUGGCCGUCGAUUUCAACCCAAACCUCCCCAAUCUCCUCGCCACAGGCGGUGACGAGGGCGCGCUUCGUAUCUGGGACCUUCGACAGCCCAAGGCCGCCAUAUUCUGCACGCGCCCCCAUUCACACUGGGUCACCCAGGUUCGCUACCAUCAAGUACACGACCAGCUGCUCCUCACCGGCUCCUCAGAUGCGUGUGUCGUGCUCAAUUGUGCCCAGUCCGUCUCUUCGGAUGCACAAAUCGAUGCGAGUGCCGAGAGGGAUGAUGAUGGAGAGCCGCUGGCGAAACUGACGGACGGGGAGCUGGAUCGGAUCAACGAGCACGAGGACACCGUGUCGGCCGUCGAAUGGUCUAGCGCGGAUCCGUGGAUCUACGCGUCGUUGAGCUACGACGGCCGGGUCGUCAUCAACCGGGUGGCCCAUGCGCUCAAGAAGGGUGCCGUUGUUGUUGCAGGCGUGUUCAUCGGUGCGGCCGUCGUCAACAGCGUUUUCCAACCCAUGAAGGGUUACGAGGAAGAGUUGAGCGCGAAAAAGGCGCUUCUCCUCGAGAAAUAUCGACAACGACACGAGAUGCGGAUAUGCAAUGGAUAUGUGCCCAUGAUUGACGCCGAGAGA